GGACUGCGAUCGGGAGGGAGAGGAGGGAGAGAGCAACGGCAGGGCCAAGGCGGUCCGGGAAGCUCCAACCCUUAGGAGCAGCAAAAGGACCAGUACCUCCGUAAACGAUGUCUGGGCGCGCCAGGGGUCGCAGACUGCGUAUCUGUCCGGAUUCUGGACAGACACACCCUCCCUGCCUAAAGUGUUCCGGAGAGUUAGGAGCUUGCACCAUAGAGUGGUAUUUCGGUAUUUAACCGGCCACCCCCUCCAAAGCCCGGGACCAAGCUGAUAAAAUCCGGUUGCUGGAAUUAAGGUCUGCCACAAUGCUGCUUCGGCUGUACAGAACUGUGGUGGUGGGACUUCCACAGGCCCUCAGAGUCAAGACAACCCCCUCGAGGCUCUGCAUCCCAGCAUGCUCCACAAAUGAUUCAUUUAAACCCCAGCACCCCAGCCUCACCUUUUCUGAUGAAAACUCAAGAACUCAGGGGUGGAAAGUCAUGGGGACCCUGCUGGGCCUUGGCGCAGUGCUGGCCUAUCAUGACCUUCGCUGCAAGGCUGCUCAGGAGUCACCACGGAUGUACACCAAAGAGGAAGUGAGGUCCCACAACAGCCCCGAAACUGGAGUCUGGGUAACUCUAGGCUCUGAGGUCUUCGAUGUUACAGAAUUUGUGGACCUACACCCAGGAGGACCAUCAAAACUGAUCCUGGCAGCAGGGGGUCCCCUAGAGCCCUUCUGGUCCCUCUAUGCUUUCCACAACCAGCCCCAUGUACGUGAGUUACUGGCCGAGUAUAAGAUUGGGGAACUGAACCCUGAGGAUAACGUGUCACCCCCCACCUUGGAGGCCUCUGACCCUUAUGCUGAUGAUCCUGUCCGUCAUCCAGCCCUGAGGAUUAAUAGCCAGCGCCCCUUUAACGCAGAGCCUCCUCCUGAACUGCUGACGGAAAACUACAUCACGCCAAACCCUAUUUUUUUCACCCGGAACCAUCUGCCUGUACCUAAUGUGGACCCAGACACCUAUCGCUUGCACGUAGUAGGGGCGCCUGGAGGUCAGUCGCUGUCCCUGUCCUUGGAUGAUUUGUAUAAGUUUCCUAAACAUGAAAUCACCGUCACUCUGCAGUGUGCUGGCAACCGGCGCUCUGAGAUGAGUAAGGUUAAGGAAGUGAAAGGUCUGGAGUGGCGGACAGGAGCCAUCAGCACCGCCCGCUGGGCUGGGGCACGACUCUGUGACGUGUUAGCCCAGGCUGGCCACCGAGUCCGUGAAACCGAGGCCCAUGUCUGUUUCGAGGGACUUGACUCAGACCCCACGGGGACUGCCUAUGGAGCAUCUAUCCCUCUGGCUCGGGCCAUGGAUCCUGAAGCCGAGGUCCUCCUGGCCUAUGAAAUGAAUGGUCAGCCCCUGCCUCGUGACCACGGUUUCCCCGUACGGGUGGUGGUUCCCGGUGUGGUGGGUGCCCGCAACGUCAAGUGGCUGGCCAAAGUGAGUGUGGAGUCAGAGGAGAGUCACAGCCACUGGCAGAGGCGGGAUUACAAAGGCUUCUCUCCGUCCGUGGACUGGAACACGGUAGACUUUGAUCUGGCCCCAUCAAUCCAGGAACUACCUAUCCAGUCGGCUAUCACGCAGCCUCAAGAUGGGGCGACUGUAGAGUCGGGAGAGGUGACGAUCAAGGGCUACGCAUGGAGCGGUGGUGGCAGGGCCGUGAUUCGAGUGGAUGUGUCCGUAGAUGGCGGACUCACCUGGCAGGAAGCUGAGCUAGAGGGAGAGGAACAAUGUCCCAGGAAGGCCUGGGCUUGGCGAAUAUGGCAGUUGAAAGUUCAGGUGCCAGCAGAGCAAAAGGAGCUGAACAUCAUUUGUAAAGCUGUGGAUGACAGUUACAACGUGCAGCCAGACACCGUAGCCCCCAUCUGGAACCUGCGAGGCGUACUCAGCAACGCCUGGCACCGUGUCCACGUCCGCGUGGUUCCGUAAAGGCGUGGAACAGAGCCGUCUGUACCCAAAGAACCACCCAGACUUCCCAGCCCAUCCUUGAUCCUCGUUGCCGUGGAAGAACAUUUCCUUCCUCUUCUUGGGUCCUGACCCUGUAUUCACUGUGUCUUAAACUGUACCCAGGCACACACGUUGCACAUCUCCACACAGGAACAUGGACUCUCCUGGCCUCUGCCUC